UUAGCCAAUGGGAGGACACCAAUUUUCUACCCGGAACUGAGUUUUGCCGAAAGCUCGCUGGUUGGCAAGUCUUGUUUUCCCGUUCGGAAUCGUCCUUUUUCCUUCAGUUCGACCGACCAAGCAGAGCGCAUCGUUUGAAUUUUUUCAUGCUAGGGUGAGACUAAAUGAGCCAUGGAGUCAGUGGAGUGAGCCGAGCAGCAGCAGUGGUAGCGAGGCCGCAAAAGCAAUGGCCGAGUCGGUCGGCGAAGGUGACGGUGGCGGUGGGAGCUGGUUCCCCGCGCCUCCACCGCCCAUUUACGUGUGCACCCUGAGCCCCGAACUGGUGGCCAAGGCGCGGGAGGAGCUCCAGGAGAAACCCGAGUGGCGUCUUCGGGAUGCGCAAGCCCUGCGAGAUAUGAUCCUCAAGGAGCAGCCGGAUCUGCGGACGCGUCUGGACGACGCCUUCCUCCUGCGCUUCCUGCGGGCAAGGAAGUUCGACUACGACCGGGCCUUGCGCCUCUUGCUCAACUACCACGCGGGACGGAAGGCCUGGCCCCAGGUCUUCCAGGGCCUCAGGCCGUCCGCCGUCAAGCACGUGCUGGACUCCGGCUUUCUCACUGUCCUGCCUCGACCAGACCCCGACGGAAGGUACAUCCUCUGUCUGCGCCCAGGCCGAUGGAAAGCGGAGGAUUACCCCUUUGUGGACAACGUGAGGGCCGUGUACCUGACGCUGGAGAAGCUGGUCCAGCCGGAGGAGACGCAAGUCAACGGCAUCGUCAUCUUGGCCGACUACAGCGGCGUGGGCGUGUCGCAGGCCUCCGACCCGGGGCCUUUCCUGGCCAAGAAGCUGGUGGCCAUCCUUCAGGACGGCUUCCCCAUCCGCAUCAAGGCCGUCAACAUCGUCAACGAGCCUCGUAUUUUCAAAGGCAUCUUUGCCGUCAUCAAACCCUUCUUGAAGGAGAAGAUGGCCCAAAGGUACACGCUCCACAGCUCGGAUCUGCGCUCGCUGCAUCGUAAGAUCCCCCGCUCGGUCCUACCCGAAGAGUACGGUGGCACGGCGGCGCCACUGGACGUGCACGCGUGGUCUGGACUGCUGCUGGAAUCGGAGGAGGACUUUGUGGUGGAGUUCUGUCAACCGCUUCCCCCCCAAGAGGAAGCACCCUCAGACCGCGACGCUGAUGCCUUCAAGGGCUCGCGCUCGCAGCUCUACUCCUGUUACUGAUAUAAUAUUUCCAAAUUGGAAAUAUUAUGCCAGCAGGAAAACAGAACAACGAUGCUGUACUGUUGUUUAUUACCCUCGUUUCUGGGGAAAAUAUAUCAUCCUACGGAAACUGUUAUUGUGACAAAGCUAUUAGGUGCCAAAAGCAGAGAUUAUCAAGCUAGCCAGCUAUCCAUCUAGCUAUGUAAUUAUCAAGCUAGCUAUCUAUCUAACUGGUCAAGUCGGGUCGCCUGUAGCUAGCUAAAGGCAACCUGACUUGACCAGAUUUUUGCGGUAGAAGCCACAAAUGUGCAUUUUGUUUUGCUAUGAACACAGAUUUAUUUGUAUUGGAUUGUUCUUUCAAAGUCUUGUUUUUUAAUUGUAGUGUCAUUCCUUGUUUUUGUGAAAAGCCACAUUCGACACAAUAUACGCAAAUGUUUUUGCUUUCGUGCCGUUGCUUCAAAGUGUGCCAUAUAACGCUGCCACCGCUUACUGCUAGCUGGAUUUGUGGCGAGCAGCACGGAAGACUAAGCCAAAAUUGAUAUAACGUAGCCCACGUGGUCUCUUGUCACAGGAGGAAACAUGUAAGCUUGCAAUAAGUCAAUCUAUCGCAGGGUAAAUAAAAAUGAGGGCGGGAGGGAUGGGGAAAAAAGACGAUGUACUAACCACUUUAGCCCGCUAUAAAACAUUGCCAGUCUUCUCCUAAACACAAAAUUGCGGUGAAAAGGUGACACUUCAAACAUGAAAACUCGCUGCUUUCCAGCAUUUGCAAAUGACGCGGGAAUAUCCACCAUCUGCCGCUUGCUCCGGGGUUGGGUCACGCGGGCAGCAGCUUUAUCAGGGAAGCCCAGACUUCCCUCUCCCCAGCCACUUCAACCAGCUCCUCCGGCGGGAUCCCAAGGUGUUCCCAGGCCAGCCGAGAGACAUAGUUGUCCCCAAGGCCUCCCUCAGGUGGGACAUGUCCAGAACACCUCUCCAGGGAGGCGGUCAGGAGGCAUCCGAACCGGAUGCCUGAGCCACCUCAGCUGGCUCCUGUCACACGGAGGAGUCGGGCUCAUCGCAGAGUUCUCCUGGAUGACUGAGCUUCUCACCCUGUCUCCGAGGGAGAGUCCAGACUCACCAGACACGAAACUCAUUUCGGCCGCUUGUAUCCGGGAUCUUGUUCUUUCGGUCACAACCCACAGCUCGUGACCAUAGAUGAGGGUAGGAACAUAGAUCGACUACAAGACUAUGGACCGGUGCAAUAUCCGCAUUACUGCAGAUGCUGCACCGAUCCGCCUGUCGAUCUCCCGCUCCCUCCUACCAUCACUCGUGAAUAAGACCGCAAGGUACUUGAACUCCUCCACUUGGGGCAGGACCUCAUCCCCAACCCAGAGAGAGCACUCCACCCUUUUCCAACUGAGGACUAUUGUCUCUGAUUUGGAGGUGAUGAUCUUCAUCCCAACCGCUUCACACUUGGCUGCGAACCGAACAAAAUUGGUGACAAAGGGCAGCCUUGGCGGAGUCCAACCCUCACUAGGAACGAAUUCGACUUACUGCCGGCAAUGCGGACCAAACAGCCCUUACCAAGGGGCUCGGUACCCCGUACUCCCAGAGCAACCCCCACAGGACUCCCCGAGGCACAUGGUCGAACGCCUUCUCCAGAUCCACAAAACACAUGUAGACUGGUUGGACGGAUGCCCAUGCACCCUCGAGGACCCUGCCGAGGGUGGAGAGCUGGUCCUUGUUCCACGGCCAGGACGAAAACGACACUGCUCCUACUGAAGCCGAGAUUCAACUUCCCGACAGACCCUCCUCUCCAGCACGCCUGCAUAGACUUUACUGGAGAGGCUGAGGAGUGUGAUCCCUCUAUAAUUGGAACACACUCUCUGGUCCCCCUUCUUAAGAAGGGGGACCUGGUAAAAGGGGGACCAGGUACCCCUUUUUAAAAAGGGGGACCUUCUUAAAAAAGGGGGACCACCACCCCGGUCUGCAUAUCCAGAGGCACUGUCCCCGAUGUCCACGCGGCGUUGUAGAGGCGUGUCAGCCAUGACAGCCCCACAACAUCCAGAACCUUUCGGAACUCCGGGCGGAUCUCAUCGACCCCCGAGCCUUGCCACCAAGGAGCUUUCCAACCACCUCAGUGAUUUCAAUCCCAGAGAUCGUAUAGCCCACCUUGGAGUCCCCAGACUAUGCUUUCAAUGACACAGGAAUAAAAAUAUGUUACUGACACCACAUGCAUGACGGGAAGAGAAGUGCACUUUUUAUUUUUUUACGGAGUGUAAAGUAUAUGGUUAGUGGAUUAGCGAAUGUACUUCUGGUGAACAUUUCAAAAUAAAAGCACGUAAUGUUUAACAUGUAAAUAAAGAUUACUGUAGUUAAUCUCACUUCAGAUUUUACACUAAGAAUAGUUUUUAAAUGACAUCCAUUAUGAAAAAUAUGAUUGGCAAUGAAUCAUUUGGCUUCAAAUUUGCUAACGUGCACUUUGCAGGACAAGAUGGCAGUUAUUUUGGAUCAAAAACUUCUGAUGGGUUCUAAAUUUCAUGUUCUGCACUUAGCUAGCUUUCAAAUGACUCGUUAUGCAUUGCGUAGGUGUUUUUUAUUUGUUAUUUUUAUUUUGAGAAUAACAUUACUGAAUUCGCAUCUGAAUAGGUGAUUUAUUAGGAUGUAUUGUCAUUGAAUUAGUGGUUACAUUGGUUUAAAAAAGACAAUAAUAUUGCAUAACGGCAAUAAUUAUGAGAAUAUAUCGCCUACUAAAAUUUGUUAUCGCAACAGGCCUAGAAACCUGAUCCCUCACUGCCAGUCCUUCCAAUUCAAAUGGAUUAGGUCAAUGAUUUCAAAGCUAUAUCAAAUAUAUUUUGAAGCAAGGAAACACGUCUGAGAUCAGAUUUUUAAAAUGAAUCUUUUGAAGUAUGAAUUAAUUGACGGUCAAAUGGGAUCGGACGUCUAUCGCCGUCAAUGGCGGUGGAACGUGAUCACACGUACUAGUUGAAAUGGACGUAAAAAACUCAUUGGCAGUCAAUUAAGAGCUACAAGCUGCAAAAUAAGAUCUAUUUAUACACAAAAUGAUGCAGAAUAAAAUUCCAGCGACUGCAGGAAAAGCCAAAUCAAGACCCAUUUAUCACAUUGGAUUACUUUCGAUGUACUGUUAAUGAAUUGAUGUCAAAGUCCAAUUGUACAGUUUCCUAGAUUCCAAGGUGACAGGUUUUGAGUACUUGACUAGCUCCAUGUUGAGUUCAAGCUGAGAAUCUCUGCGUUUGAUGGAUGAAUAUUCAUUUUGGGGUAUUUCACAUCAUUUAUUGUUGAGUUUUGAAAAACGAAGAUGUAUUCGUUUAACAGUAAUUUAAUAGGAGGAAAUAUGUUUUUCUCCACUAGAGGGCAGUCAUAUGGACAGAUGUUUCAUUUCUGUAGAUUUUUGUAGUCUGACAAUUUCGGCAUUCUUUUGGCCUAAUAUUGUCAUGUAAAAGGUUAUAGUACAGUAUAAUAAUUACAGUUGCUAUAGAUGACAUAGUGCUAAGGGAAACAAAUAUUUUGUUUGAAAAUAUCAAGGGUGUAGGGUUGGUCUCAAUAUUGGUAGGGAUGAUAUGAUAACAGCAUAACCUGCAUGUAAGCGUUUUUGCUGGGGACAGGACAUUAAUAAGACCAGUCAGAUUGGGUGAACGGGGGUCAGCACUACAUUUCUCACCAAUAUGAAUGUAAUUAAUGGGCUAAGUGUUCAAUGCAAAAUAAAUCUGUACUAACCUGUACUUUUACUUACUGUACUUUUAACUUUUACUGCAAAUUUAUAACGUCUUAAUCUGAUAAUUUUUCUUAAAGAUAUUUGAAUCAUUUUCUCUGUCUUGUAUUGAGUGUAAGACUAGUUAAC